AUGGCUGGAUCUGGAAGCUCAGAUGUGAGAACUCCAAUUUUCUCUGGUGAAAAUUAUGAGUUUUGGAAGAUUAAGAUGGUGACCAUAUUCAAAUCAUAUGGGCUUUGGAAUCUGGUAGAGAAGGGAAUUUCAGUUUCAGAUUCGAAGAAGAAGGAGAAGGCAACUGAGGAGACUUCAGAGGAAGAAGAUGAUGAGAAAACAGCUGCAAUCCUCAUGAAGGAUGCAAAGGCUCUGGGUAUUAUCCAAAAUGCAGUCUCAGAUCAGAUUUUUCCAUGA